AUGGCCAAGCAGCAUCAAUGGGCAGAGCGCAAUGCCACUCGCCAGGCAUACUAUGGCAUGCCCGGCCUGUACAAGGGCGAGUGGAAAAAGCCCCAGAUGUUUCCAUACGGGCCCGAGCCAAGCGACUUUGACACAUACGGCCAGUACUUUUGGUUCUAUGCGGGCUGGUACAUCAUCUGGCUCAGCACAAUUGCAGCCGCGGUCAUCAUCAUCCUCGACCUGGUCCUCUACGUCAAUCAUGAAGGGGACCCCGACAAGAGGGUCUUGGCCCUGAGUAUUGUACCGAGUGUCACAGUGCUCAUCUGGAUGACGAUAGAUGGAAUUCUGCGAAAGAAGACUUGGCAGAGAGGGAGGCUGGGCGUUGAAGGAGUCGUUGUCGUGGGCACAAUCGUCUGUCUCGCCCUGCUUGGGACAAUGGCUGGCGCCAAGACUCGCCAGGGAGAUACCUUCGCCCACUGGUAUUCCGGUUUGUCUGGGGUUCUGGGCGAUUUGUUGUAA